GCCGCUCUGAGCUGCGGCUGGCUCCAAAGGAGGCCCGGCCCAGGCACCUCCGCCGGGCACCGCGCCCCCUCCCUCCCUGCGGGGGAGCGGGGCAGGGGCUUCUCCCCCGGCCCUGGGCGGCGGAGGGGGAUGGAGGGGCGCCUCAGUCUCCCCCAUGCAGUUUGGGAAACUUUGUUACUGCAGUUACGGGAGGGGAGUUGGGGAGGGCCUUCGUGGGGCGGAGUCCCCCUGCCCUCCUUCCCGUCCUGCCUCCCUCCCUCCGCGCAGCGUCGGACCCCGAAGAUGGCGCCGCCGGGAUCGGCCCGGGACUGGAACCGCAGGCGGCCCGGCUGAGCGAAGGAGGCGUCGCCGUCGCCCUGAGGGAGCGGGCGGCCCCAGCAGCGCCGGGAGCAGCGCCACCCACCCGCCCUGCCUCGCGCCAGGGCCGCGCGGGGCCUCCAUGGAGCCACAGGGGCCGCGCAGCGUCAGGCGGUGGGGUCGGGGCGUCGUCGGAGGGGAGCGGGGCCGCGGCCCCCAGCAGCCGCUUCUGGCCCGGAUUUCUCUGUUUGGGUCCAAAAACCUUGAAGGAAGAAGCCCUGAUGGCCCCAUGCUGAGUAAGGCUGAGUUUGUUGAGAAAGUUCGCCAGAGCAACCAGGCCUGCCAUGAGGGCAACUUCCCCAAGGCCAUUGCACUCUAUAGUGAAGCUCUGGGAGUUGAUCCUCAGAACUGUAUCCUGUAUAGCAACCGCUCUGCGGCGUACAUGAAGACCCAGCAAUACAGCCAAGCCCUGGAUGAUGCCAUCAAAGCCCGUCUCCUGAACCCCAAAUGGCCAAAGGCCUACUUCCGACAGGGCGUUGCCCUCCAGUACCUUGGGCGCCAUGCCGAUGCCCUGGCGGCCUUUGCCUCUGGCUUGGCUCAAGACCCCAAGAGUCUGCAGCUCCUGGUGGGGAUGGUGGAAGCCGCCAUGAAGUCUCCAAUGCGAGAGUCCCUCGAGCCGACCUACCAGCAGCUGCAGAAGAUGAAACUCGACAAGAGCCCCUUUGUGGUGGUUUCUGUGGUUGGCCAGGAGCUGCUGACUGCUGGCCAUCACAGCGCCUCAGUGGUGGUUCUGGAAGCUGCCUUGAAGAUUGGCACUUGCAGCCUGAAGCUGAGGGGCUCUGUCUUCUCGGCCCUGAGCAGCGCCUACUGGUCCUUGGGCAACACCGAGAAGAGCACCAGCUACAUGCAGCAGGACUUGGACGUGGCCAAGACUUUAGGUGACCAGAUGGGUGAAUGCCGAGCUCACGGCAAUUUGGGCUCUGCAUUCUUCUCCAAAGGAAAUUACCGGGAGGCCUUGACUAACCACAGACAUCAGCUGAUGCUUGCCAUGAAACUAAAGGACCGAGAGGCAGCCUCUUCUGCCCUGAGCAGCCUCGGCCAUGUCUACACCGCCAUAGGUGACUACCCCAACGCCUUGGCCAGCCACAAACAGUGCGUUCUCCUGGCCAAGCAAGGGAAAGACGAGCUCUCGGAGGCACGGGAGCUGGGCAACAUGGGAGCGGUCUACAUUGCCAUGGGCGACUUCGAGAAUGCUGUGCAGUGCCACGGGCAGCACCUGACAAUCGCCAAGGCACUUGGCAACAAGCGGGAGGAGGCCCGGGCCUACAGCAACUUGGGCAGUGCCUACCACUACCACCGCAACUUUGACAAGGCCAUGUCUUACCACAACCACGUCCUGGAGCUAGCCCAAGAGCUGGAGGAGAAGUCCAUUGAGAUGCGGGCCUACGCUGGCCUGGGCCACGCUGCCCGGUGCAUGCAGGAUCUAGAGAGGGCCAGGCAGUACCAUGGGGAGCAGCUGAGCAUUGCCGAGAGCCUGAAGGAUCGAGCCGCUGAGGGCCGGGCCUGCUCCAACCUUGGGAUCAUCCAUCAGAUGAAGGGCGACUACGAGACAGCGCUGAAGCUGCACAAAGCACACUUGUCCAUCGUGCAGGAGCUGAACGAUUAUGCUGCUCAGGGCAGGGCCUACGGCAAUAUGGGCAAUGCCUACAAUGCCCUGGGCAUGUUUGACCAGGCAGUCAAGUACCACCGCCAGGAGCUGCAGAUCUCCAUGGAGGUGAAUGACCGCGCCUCACAAGCCUCCACCCACGGCAAUCUGGCCGUGGCGUACCAAGCGCUGGGAGCGCAUGACCGGGCCCUUCAGCACUACCAGAACCACCUCAACAUUGCCCGGGAGUUGCGGGACAUCCAGAGUGAAGCUCGGGCCCUGGGCAACCUGGGGAACUUCCACUGUUCCCGGGGGGAGUUUGCCCAGGCCGCCCCCUACUAUGAGCAGUACUUGCAGCUGUCCCCAGAGCUGCAGGACAUGGAGGGCGAAGGCAAAGUCUGCCACAACCUUGGCUAUGCCCACUACUGCUUGGGCAACUACGAGGAGGCUGUGAAGUACUAUGAGCAAGACCUGGCCCUCGCCAAGGACCUGCACGACAAGCUGAGCCAGGCCAAGGCCUACUGCAACUUGGGCUUAGCUUUCAAGGCACUGGCCCGCUUCAGCAAGGCCGAGGAGUGCCAGAAGUACCUGUUGUCACUUGCGCAGUCGCUCAACAACCCCCAGGCCAAGUUCCGGGCCCUGGGCAAUCUUGGGGACAUCUCGGUCUGCAAGAAGGACGUUGGCUUGGCCAUCAGGUUCUAUGAGCAGCAGCGGAGCUUGGCCCAUCAGGUCGCGGACCGGAGGCUGGAGGCGAGUGCCUACGCGGCCUUGGGCUCUGCCCACCGCCUAGUGCAAAAGUAUGACAAGGCCUUGGGCUACCACACACAGGAACUGGAGGUGUACCAAGAGCUGGGCGAGGCGCUGGGUGAAUGCCGGGCCCACGGGCACCUCGCUGCAGUCUACAUGUCCCUCGGCAAGUACACCAUCGCCUUCAAGUGCUACGAGGAGCAGCUGGAGCUGGGUCAGAAGCUAAAGGACCCGGGCAUCGAGGCCCAGGUCUAUGGCAACAUGGGCAUCACCAAGAUGAACCUGAGCGCCAUGGAGGAGGCCAUUGGGUACUUUGAGCAGCAGCUGGCCACUCUGCAGCAGCUCAGUGGGACGGAAGCCGUGCUGGACAGAGGCCGGGCCUUCGGGAACCUGGGCGACUGCUACGAGGCCCUGGGGGACUUCGAGGAGGCCAUCAAGUAUUAUGACCAGUACCUGUCCGUGGCACAGAGCCUGAACCUCAUGCAGGACCAAGUCAAGGCUUACCGGGGCCUGGGCAACGGGCACAGGGCAAUGGGGUGCUUGCAGCAGGCCCUGGUAUGCUUCGAGAAAAGGCUGGUGGUGGCCCACGAGCUUGGGGAGGCCUUUGACAAGGCGCAGGCCUACGGGGAGCUGGGCACACUGCAUAGCCAGCUGGGCAACUACGAGCAAGCCAUUUCCUGCCUGGAGCGCCAGCUGGGCAUCGCCAGGGAGAUGAAGGACCAGGCCUUGGAGGGGAACGCGGCUUGCGGCUUGGGCAGCGUCUACCAGCAGAUGGCCGAAUACGACAUGGCACUCCAGUACCACCAGCUGGACCUCCAGAUUGCGGAGGAGAUGAACAACCCCGCCUGCCAAGGCCGGGCAUAUGGCAACCUCGGCCUUACCUACGAGUCGCUGGGCACCUUUGAGAGAGCCGUGGUGUACCAGGAGCAGCACCUAAGCAUCGCAGCACAGAUGAACGACCUGGUGGCCAAAACGGCCUCCUACAGCAGCCUGGGCCGGACACACCAUGCCCUCCAGAACUACUCCCAGGCCGUCAUGUAUCUGCAGGAAGGGCUGAGGCUGGCAGAGCAGCUGGGACGCAGGGAGGACGAAGCCAGAAUCCGACACGGCCUCGGCCUUUCACUCUGGGCUAGUGGGAACCUGGAGGAGGCUCAGCACCAGCUCUAUCGGGCCUCCGCUCUCUUUGAGACCAUCCGCCACGAGGUGCAGCUCAGCACGGACUACAAGCUCUCGCUCUUUGACCUCCAGACCUCUUCCUACCAGGCCCUGCAACGGGUGCUGGUUAGUCUAGGGCACCACGACGAGGCGCUGGCCGUGGCCGAGCGGGGCCGCACGAGGGCGUUUGCCGACCUGCUAGUGGAGCGCCAGACGGGGCAGCAGGACUCAGACCCUUACUGCCCUGUGACGGUCGACCAGGUCCUGGAAGUGGUGAAUGGGCAGCAGAGCCUGGUCCUGUACUACUCGUUGGCUGCCGGAUACCUCUACAGCUGGCUGCUGGCUCCUGGGGCAGGAAUCCUGAAGUUCCACGAGUGCUACCUGGGUGAGGGCCCAGCCGAGAGCUCUGGAGACUUCCAAGAGAACAGUGCCAGCCUCCAGGCCGUCACCAGCACCACCCUAGAGCAGCUCAGCUCCAGCGUGCGGGAGGUGCUUGGGGUAGAUUCCUACUACACGCGAGCCUGCGCCAGCAGCGAAACAGAGAGUGAGGCAGGAGACGUUGUGGAGCCGCAGUUUGAGGAGAUGAAUAACAAACUGAACUCCACCACGGACCCCACUGGCUUCCUGAGGAUGGUUAGCAGGAACAACCUCUUCAACAGGUACAGGAGCUGCCAGAGCAUGAACAGCCUCUUCAGCGGACCAGCGUCCCCAGCAAACGAGGCCACCUCCUCACUGCCCCGACAGCCCAGCUCCUUCAGCAAGCCGCCUCUGCGCUCCCUCUACGACCUGCUGAUUGGGCCCAUGGAAGGGGGCCUGAUGCACUGCAGCGGGCCAGCGGGACGCCACCGGCACCUCGUCCUGGUCUUGGAGGGAGAGCUCUACCUUAUCCCCUUUGCUCUCCUCAAGGGCAGCUCCUCCAACGAGUACCUGUACGAGCGCUUCAGCCUCAUUGCGGUGCCCUCCAUCCGAGCCCUGAACCCCAGCGCCAAGACCCAGGCCAAGAAGACCCAGGCCUCCACCCACAGCAGCUCUCCCUCGAUGGCCGCUGUCAUUGGCAACCCCAAGUUGCCGCCCUCAGUGAUGGAUCGGUGGCUGUGGGGGCCCAUGCCAUCUGCCGAGGAGGAGGCCUACACGGUGUCAGAGCUGCUUGGCUGCCAGCCUCUGGUAGGCAGCCUGGCCACCAAGGAACGGGUGAUGAGCGCGCUAGCCCAGGCAGAGUGCGCCCACUUUGCCACCCACAUCUCCUGGAAGCUGGCUGCCCUGGUCCUGACGCCCAGCACCGAGAGCAGCGCUGCUGGCAGCAAGGGCUCCUUUGGGAACGCCUACACCAUCCCCGAGUCCCUCCGCAUGCCAGACGACUCCAGCGAUGCGGAGAGCAUCUCGGACUGCCCGCCCCUGCAGGAGUUCCUACUCACAGCCGCUGACGUCCUGGACCUGCGCCUGCCAGCCAAGCUGGUGGUCCUGGGCUCCUACCAGGAGUCCAACAGCAAGGCCACUGCCGACGGGGUGAUCGGGCUGACGCGAGCCUUUCUAGCGGCGGGCGCCCACUGUGUCCUGGUGUCCCUCUGGCCGGUCCCGGUGGCUGCAUCCAAGAUGUUUGUGCACACCUUGUACAUGGCCCUGCUCAAUGGCCUCAGGACCAGCGCUGCCCUCGGCGAGGCCAUGAAGACCGUGCAGAGCAGCAAACAGUUCUCCCACCCCUCCAACUGGGCAGGCUUCACACUGAUUGGGAGCGAUGUGAAACUGAACAGCCCUUCCGCUCUGGUUGGGCAAGCCCUGACAGACAUCCUGCAGCACCCAGAGCGGGCCCGCGAUGCCCUGCGGGUCCUGCUACACCUGGUGGAGAAGUCCCUGCAGCGGAUCCACAGCGGGCAGCACAACUCCAUGUACACCUCCCAGCAGAGUGUGGAGAACAAAGUGGGGGGCAUCCCCGGCUGGCAGGCUCUGCUAACUGCUGUGGGCUUCCGGCUGGACCCUCCAGCCAGCGGCCUCCCCGCCGCUGUCUUCUUCCCCACUGCGGACCCGGGCGACCGCCUGCACCACUGCAGCUCCACCAUCCAGUCAUUGCUGGGUUUGCCCAACUCUGCUCUCCAGGCCCUGUGCAAGCUCAUCGCCGCCUCUGACACUGGAGAGCAGCUCAUCAGCCGGGCUGUUAAAAAUAUGGUAGGAAUGCUCCAUCAAGUCUUGGUGCAGCUCCAAGUGGGAGAGAAGGAGCCAGACUUCUCCUUGGCCCCAAUCCAAGUCUCCAUUAGCGUCCAGCUUUGGCGUCUGCCCGGCUGCCAUGAGUUCCUUGCAGCUCUAGGCUUUGAUCUGUGUGAAGUGGGGCAGGAGGAGGUGAUUCUGAAGACGGGGAAGCAGGCCAGCCGCAGGACCAUGCACUUCGCCCUACAGACGCUGCUGGCGCUCUUUGAUUCCACCGAGCUCCCCAAACGGCUCAGCUUGGACAGCUCCUCAUCCCUUGAGUCGUUGGCCUCAGCUCAGUCCGUCUCCAACCCUGGGCCACUCAACUACCAGAACCCCCCCUUCUCCCCCCUGUGCCCCGACACCCUGGGCUCCGACGCCAUCUCCGUCUACAGCCUGAGCUCCAUCACGUCCUCCGCCAGCUUUGUCUCCAAGCCUGAGUGCUUGUCGGAAGGGGGCAGCUCCAAGGGGUGCCAGGAUCCUGGGAGGGCCAAGAACACCUGUCCCCAGAGGCCCUCUAUGCUGCACGGCCAGUCCUCGCCAAAGAGCGAUGCUUCCCCCGGCAAGGAGGAGGAGGAGGAGUAUGAAGGCUUCUCCAUCAUCAGCAACGAGCCACUGGCAAUGUACCCGGGCAACAGGCGAGCACAGUUUUCCCCGGACCACAAACCCUCCCAGACUCGUAAGGGCGGAGGGGUCAAGGUUUCUGCCAGCUCCCCAAACUCCCCUGUUAAAAUGACUCUUAUUCCCAGCCCAAAUUCCCCUUUCCAAAAAGUUGGGAAACUCGCAGGGUCAGACACUGGUGAGUCUGACCAGUCCAGUACCGAAACAGACAGCACCAUCAAGUCCCAGGAGGAGAACAGCCCCAAGCUAGAUCCCCAGGAGCUGGCCCAGAAGAUCCUGGAGGAGACCCAGACCCACCUCCUGGCCGUGGAGCACUUGCAGCGCAGCGGCCAGCCUGGUAAGAGCAACAGCCGGGAGGGUGGGGCCUCGGUGCCUGCCGGGCCCUCUUCCUUCCGAUCCUCAGAGACCAGCGCGUUCAGCAGGCCUCUGUGCUCAAGUCACAAGGGCCAGGCCUCCCCCAGCCCCCUCAAGCCAAAGCCCCCCGCGAGGAGCUCCUCCCUGCAGAAGGUCAGCUCUGGCUACAGCAGUCCUACGGCCUCUGAGGCAUCCAAUAAGGAGGAGGAGCGGGAGGGGGCCAGUCCACACAGCAGCUGGCCACCCCCCACCUCCGACACCCAGGGGGUUCUGCCGGAGCAGCCAGCCUUCAAGCUGAAGUACCCCAGCUCCCCCUACAGCACCCACAUUUCCAAAUCGCCCAGGAACAUUUCCCCAAGCUCCGGGCAUCACUCCCCGGCCGGCAGCACCCCCUCCCCUGCUCUCUCCUACUCCUCCGCAAGUUCUGCCCGUUCCAGCCCUGCAGAUGUCCUCUCCAUCGACAAGCUCAAGAUGGCCGCUAUUGAUGAGAAGGUGCAAGCCAUCCACAACCUGAAGAUGUUCUGGCAAAAUGCCCCGCAGCACCCCACGGGCCCCCUGAAAAUCUUCCGGAGUACUUCCGGGAGGAGAGACGUGCUCAGCUUGCUGAACUUGUCCCCACGGCACAGCAAAGAGGAAGGAGCCAACAAGCUGGAGUUGAAGGACUUGUCUGCUCCUCUGCCGCCGCAGCCACAGAGGAACACCUCCAAUGGACAUGCCAGCCCCCUGGCCCCUACGCAGUCCCCGCGACCAACCAGCACACCGAGCCCCGGGCAUCCCAUGCGGCUGCCUUCCGGAAAUGGCUACAAGUUCUUGUCCCCAGGCCGGUUCUUCCCUUCUUCCAAGUGCUGAGACCUCUUUGCAACAGUCCCUGCCCCUUGGGUUGUGUGGAGCUCCCGGCCUUUCUUCCUCUGUCCGCUUACCUGAAUGGAGCAGAACCUUGGGAAAUAAGACGGUGGGGGGGGGGAGCCUUGCGCACAGCAAGUUGCCCAGGCUGAGGUAGGACCUGUGGAUCAGUGCCAGGUUGGUAGCCAGUCAGCCUCUCAGCCCCCCCUCCGGAUGCUGGACACAAGCGUCAGGCGCCACCAAGGACUGGAGGAGGGGAAGAGGGCUGCUAGCAGGAGGGGGACGCACACAGCUUUUUGGGAGGUGAGGUACAAGCCAUUUGCAGAUGCUUCUUGAAGGGGGGUUGCUGGGGCGGGGGGGCACACAAGCAGCUGUAGUGCUGCCUCUGCUGGGAAACGCAAGCAUGUCCUGUCUGUUAUGGGGCCCAGCCCAGGGACCUUGUCUGGCCGGGACAGGCAAGAUCCUUUUGCUGCUGCAGAGUAGAUCAUGGCAGGCUCCACCCUUUGCAGAUAGCAGGAUGACUCUGGGGGCCUGAGGGGGUGAAGCAGCCCGGCAGGGGCCUCUUGCAGCCUCAAGGUUCAGGGGCCUCCACUGGCCUCCCUCUGCCAUAAGGACGCUCCCACUUGCGCUUCCGCCAUGAAGCCUCCCACAGCCCCUUUGCAAAGCAGGGGAAGCCUAACCUCUGUUGUGUGCUGGGGGGGCUGGCAGGGGGAGACUUGGCAGCAUUCUGCCUCCUUGGGGGGGGUUCUUAGGUCACGCAAAGCUGGGCAUUCAGCACUCCUCCCUCUCUUCCCCAUGGUGGGGAGGCAAUACCGCCCUAUCUCUCAAGGUGAUUUGGGCUAGCCAUCAAGCUCCUAGCCCCAAGCACAACUGGGAGGUCCCCCCUCCCUCUCAAUGUCUAGGAGGAUUUGGGUUUCUGAAGAGAGAAGCACCAAGAUGCCACUGCAGGGGGCUGCGUGGGGUGCUCAGCUUGCUAGUGUGGGGAGAAAAUAUUGAGCAAGGUGGGGAAGUCCUAGAGCAGUACCCCCCCCCCGCUUCAAGCCAGGAAAUGGAUCCCUGCCAGUGAAAACAUGGAGCAGAGCAGCCGUGGAGCAAUGCCCGUGAGCCGCUCUGGGGCGUCCAGCUGGCUGCUGGUUGGUGGGCUGGGUGCCCCUGCCUCCAUCCUCCCUCUGGCCAGUGCCAUGUCCCUUUGGCUCUCAGGUUCACCUCAAAAGGUCUCCCUCUGCUCUGAGCAGACAACCCUUCCGUGCUUUGUGGGUAGUAGUGAGAAGCUUUUCUCAGGUGCUGCGAGACUGUUGUUGUUGGGACCAACCGCUGGUCUUUUCCUACCCUAUGCAAAGUCACUCUGCAGGUGAUGGCUGAAGCUUUCAACAAAAGUGGGGGAAGACCCUCCGCACCCUGCAGAGCUCACGUCCUUCCUUCCUUCCUUCCCCUGGAGGCAGAAGUCUUCACAAACGGUGCUUUCUGGGCAGCUGCCCCCCUUGCUGCAAUCUCCUCUGCUCAGCAGCAAUGGCUCCGGCCACCUGAGCCUCCCAGGCUGCAAGUGAUGUCCAGGCAGAGGGCAUUCCCUGAGCUGCCCUUCCGUGGAGGAUGGGUGUCUGUGGCCACGUGUAACAUAUUCAGCAACACCGGCUGUCCCCUACUCACCUCUCCGCCUCCCCUGGACCAUUGCCUCAUUCCUGUGCCCUGUAAGGGAGGAAAAUGGGAGUUUGCCAGGCUUGCAGUUUAUGUGGGGAAAAUCAGGAAACAGCAUCUCCCCCCCCCACUCUGCAGAGCUCCCCAUUUGUCCUCCUCCUCCUCGUCUUGUGCACGGACAAGUGACCACACUGCUUCUCACAGUGAGCAAUAAGCGUUAGGUGUGAUGCCAGGUGCAAACCCCCUCCAUUCCCCUGCCUGCCAAGACGGCCUAUCAGUUUGGCUUUAUCCUGCAAAGGCCCACGAGCCACUCUGGGCUUUGGGCUUGCCGGGCAGGCCACAUGGCCCAGCAUUCACCAGCUGCCCAGCGUUAGCCAGUCCAUGUUGUUCUCCCACCCCUGGGCCCUUGUUUAAGUGAGGGUCAUGCUGAAAAACUGUAAGGGGGAGGAAUGGUUUCCAAAUCCUGGCCUUCAUCUCACCCCUGCCCCCAUCCCCGUGUGUCUCCAUAAGGAGUCUUGUAGUCCAUCUACUCUUCCUUUAGGUCAUGUGAUCUUGUGAGGUGGGGCUCUUGUUCAUGGGAAUAUGGAGAGGACCCCGAUAUGCACAUGUGUGUCCGCACACACACCCAUCCCUGCCUACCUGUCCACAACUGGUCCUCUGCACUCCUUGUUCUUUAUGCAGUGUCUGCCAUGUUUGGCCUAUAUGGACUUUUUUGUAAAUUAAAACUCCCGUUUCCAGACAACAUUAAACUUUUUAUAUUAUGAUGUUUACCAUGUAAAAAGAAUUUCAUAUUUUUAUUGCAAUUCCUAAGGCAUUUGGCCACCUCCUUUGUGAUUUCCUUUUGUGUCUAUUAAAG